CAUAAAAUUCGCACAAAGCGAGUUUUAAAGGGAAUUUAUUCAAGGACGCACGUAAUUGUAGCUUAAUAUUUAAAAGAGAAAAAAAAAAAAUAGGAAAAACCCUUGCAGCUGCACAAAAUUUAGUUACCUGAUCUAUUUUUCUGUUACCUGUUCCAUGGCGAAUAUUCAUAAUUUCGAGAAUAAAAAUGACAAUGCUGAGGAAAUUUGCAUGCCAUUUCUCAACCAGCCGCAGACUUGGCCAGAACACGCGCUACGAGCAAAUUUCGCAGCUCAUCACAAUCCACCAAAUCCGCAGAGUUUGCUGCCAUAUCUGCAUCCGAUAUAUACGUAUAGCUAUCAGCAGUAUUUCAAUCAGUUUGUGCCCUACAUUUACGGACUAAUCAAUCCGGUUGUUAAUUGCAAUCUCAGCCAGCAAUCGACGCCAUCCACAGAGAUGGACAUUGAGAAGUACAUCAAUUAUGAGCUGAUCAAGCAGAAGGGUCUGAUGCGCAACCAGAAUCAGCGUCCUCGCAUCUUGAGUCAACUGCAGCUGCCCACCACACGCAGCAGCAUCAGCAUCAGCAACAAGAAGAAGCAGGAGCAGCAGCGACGCAUCAUCAAUGUUGAAGUGGUUGCCAUGGCGGGCAGCACAAGGGAAUUGGUCAAAACCCAGGAUGACAUCGAACCCUUGCCACCCGUCACAGCCGAGUUUAGAGCGAGUGUGGCCAAGAUCGCCAAGAGCCAGCAGCAUUAUACGCAACUCUUUGGCCGGCUGACGAACAUGUUGCAAACGCUGAAUCGUCGCUACGAUGGCAACGAACCGGAGCCGGAAGAGCAACAAGAACAGCAGCAGCUGAUCGUUGAAGAGGCACCGCCGCCGCCGUCGAAGCGUGCCCGUCACGACAUGUCCAGCAGUUCGUGUGAAUCCCACUUGGAUGUGGAAAUCAGUGCGCCACCAGCAACGCAUGCCCAGUAUCCACUGCGUGUGAAACUCGAGAACGGCAGCUCCAUAUAUGUGCUCGGCCCGCAUGGCACCCACAUCGAUGCCAAGGAUUAUGGCCAGGUGUUCUGGACGAGUGCACCGGUAGCGACACGCUGCCUGCUCGCCGCCGUCUUCACCAGCGAUGAGCUGGCCACGCACACACUUACCGGCAAACCAUCGCCGGCUUUCUAUGGUCGCGAACGGCCCGCGAAGAAGAUGUUGGAUCAGCGCCGGGUCGAUGACAUCAUUGUCAGUGUCCGGAAUCGGACGGGUGGCAAGGAGCGACACAUUAGAGCCACCAUUACCACCAAGUGUGCGGACACUGCCAAGAAGUACAAGCGUCGCGCCAAGAAGGCUGGCAAGGAUACUGUGGUUGUCAAGGACGAAUCGAUUUGAAGUCGAUAUAUGCUUAAAAUAAGUUCUUUAGCUGGAUAUGAUCGAGCUAUAAAUAUAUACAAUACAGUGAUCGCUCGCUAAAUAGUUAGCUUAAAUCCUUUAUCCUGAUUUUCUAUGCAAAACAAAUUCAUACUUUACUGACGAUUUUAGAUUGCUAAUUGUUCUUAAAUACACAAUAAACAAAUUGUUUGCCGCAAUAAAAAA